GAUAUUUAUUAUUUUCUCUUCAGGCCAUUGAAAAGGAACUGGUACUUCAAACCGAGGCACAUAAAUGAUAUGGGAGAGCCAGUAACAAACUAUUCAUACAAUCUUCCAAAUAUAAACAUAUUGGUUUCUGUUAACAGCAACAAAUCAACAUUAACUGAAGAGUUCUUGGGACAUUUUGAAAACCAGUGAAAUAUAAAAAGCAAGGAAAAUGAAAAAUGAUGUGAAGAUAAAAAUCCUCAAAUACCUCUUGAACAUUUUUAAUGGAAUCUUUCUUAUUAUUGGAGCAAUCAUUUUUGGAUGUGGCAUUUGGAUCUUAUGGGAUGAGAACAGCUUUAUUGGCACACUAUUGCCUGCAGACCAUCAAGAUAUCCUAAGCAUGAGUGCUUACUGUUUCCUUGCCAUUGGUAAUACUGUUGCCAUUGCGUGUUUGGUGGGAUGUAUAGGAAGUAUAAAAGAAGUGAAAUGCAUGUUUAUUCCGUACUUCUUAUUUCUGAUCCUUAUCUUCAUUCUGCAACUUUCUAUUGGACUGGCCAUACUUUCACAGUAUAGUCACAUUGUAACUGUACUGGAUAAGCAAACCAUUGAGGUUAUUAAACAUUAUGGCAAUGACAGCUUUUCCAAAGAAUUAAAAUGGAAUUUUAUGGAUGUCAUUCAGAAAGAGUUUCAAUGUUGUGGAUAUUACAAUUCGACAGAUUGGGAACAGGAUGAUCUGAUUUUAUCGACGUCUCUACCUUGCUCAUGUAGCAAUUUUACUGUAGAUGAUUCUACUUUUUUUUGUACAAUUAAUGAGAGUAGCUACAUAUACCCACAGGGCUGCAGAACACAAAUAAAACAAUGGCUCAAUAGCAACAUCUCAACAGUUCUUGUAGCUGCUGCUGUUCUCCUCCUAAUACAGGUAUUGCAGUUCAUCAUGGCUGUGUAUCUGUUCAAAUCGAUAAAGAAAAAAGAGAAUUAUUGAAAAGAGAACUAUCUGAAAAAUAUCAUUUGUUUCAUCUGUUAACAUGAAACAAAUGCAUCUUCCAAUCAGAAAUCAAUUCUAAUGUCUUGUUUAGCUUGAAGAAUUAUGAAUGCAACAAUUUGUUUUAGAAAUAAAGCAUUGUUUUAUUGGAUGCUUUGGAUUUAAUGCACCUCUUCUAAGGAUAUUGACCCCUAAUUAAUCCUAUGAUAUAAUUGAAUAGAAGGUUAAAUAGUUAACAACAAUGGCAACAAUUUUCAGAAUUCUUCCAAAUUCUAUUGUAGAACCUAAUGAAAUGAUGUACAUGAAGCUUGCAGAAGUAUUUUGUCAAAUCAUCUUUUAAAUUUUAAGAUAUUUUGCACAGUUCCAUAUGAAUUAAUUUUCCACAUUGAAGUUCUCUGAACAAUUUGCACUCUGAAAAGAUAAAGGUGUUAGGUGACCUUGUACAUUAACAGUCUGGACAAAGGAAUUCAGGGCAUUGUAGCUAAGUUUGCAGAUGACACAGAGAUAGAUGGAGGGACAGAUGGUGGUGAAAAAGUGAGGAGGCUGCAAAAGGAC